AUGGCAAGUGCGCAAUUUGAUGUGAUGAAUCUCGGUGUCGAGGGGUUUUCGACGGCGCCGUCGAUGCUAGUCCCGUUCAGGUAUAGCGUCUCAAAUUCGAAAGUUGCCCCGCUGGCGGCUUUUUCGCAACUACCAACGAUUACGAUGCAUGCUUUUGCGUUUUUGCCCAUGUUCUUCGCUCCUAGCACCAUCGAUGUGGCAGAGUUCGCAAGCGAGCUUUACCGCAACUGCUAUCACCCUAGAUACAAAAACGCACGAAUAAGGGAUCUCCUCUACCGCCUUAAGUAUAUCCUAAACCGCUACAUGCAGGACAUCAGCUUCGUAUUAAUAGCGAAGACAUCUUAUGUUAGAUUUAAGGAGUUUGGGCGUGUAAGGCUUUACAGUUUCGACGCGAAUAAGGCCCAGAAGCUCGUCAACAAAUACCGCGCCAACAUGACUCCACAGUCACUAUGA